AUCAAUCUUAUCCUAAUGCUUCAGCUUUAUUAAGCAACUCGAAAUCAAUUUGUGUUAUUAAUAUUGAUGCACAUCUUGAUGUUCGACCAUUAAAAGAAAAUAAAUCUCAUUCUGGUUCUCCUUUUAGAUUAUUACUUGAAGAUCAAAGAUUUCAUCAAAAUCAUUCAAAUAAAUUUAUUGAAUUUGCAAGUCAAGGAUCACAAUGUUCCAUAGAACAUGUGAAUUAUAUUCGUUCAAAAUCUCCAUUAACUCAAAUAUUUUGGUAUCAAUCAAUUCGUGAUGACCCAUUAACACCUUUUCGUUCUAUUAUUAAAUCAGCAGAAGAACAAAAAAAUGAUAUAUUUGUUUCAUUUGAUAUAGAUUCAAUUAUUUCGUCUUCAUGUCCUGGUGUUAGUGCACCAGCAACAGUCGGUCUUACUGCUCAACAAGCUUGUGAUAUUGCUUUUUAUGCUGGACAAUCCUUACAAGUUAAAUUAAUGGAUCUUAGUGAAUAUAAUCCGAAAAUUGAAGAUUAUCGCACAGGAAAACUUGUUACACUUAUUUUUUAUCAUUUUAUUCUCGGACGUGCAAAAGCUAUAAAAGAUUCAAUGCAAUAA